AUGCGGCCCGAUGAUGGUGCUAUACCCGGGCACCAAAAGCAGCAAAAAAAAGCUCAAAAUCAACGAAGUUCCGUCGGUAGUGUCGAGUAUCAGGUAUGCUUCUGGCUGGAUAAUAUUCUUACCCUUAUUUUGUUGUUUUUUUUUGCAUUCAUUUAUUUCUACCUUUUUAGGAUGAUGGGACUGAUCCGGAAUACUACCAUCACGGGAUUUACAUGCGGAAAAAGGGCGAUUUUCACACUUUGGAGAUGCCGAUGGUUCCAAAGCGCCAAAAUGGAUAUUUUGGUGGAAUAUCGGGAUACUGGAAUAUCCAUCUGCUUAGGAAGCGAAUCGUAAGUUAUUCAGAGUUUCCAUAUUUUGUUCUAGAAAGAUUUUGAAAAGAAGGAAGCGAUGUCUUUCCUAAAACAGAUGUGUCUCAAGGUGGACAAGAUUCUCCAUGAUCAGAAACUAGAGAUGACUGUCUACGACUUCUUGAUACGAAAUCCUAGCCAGCGAAAUACAGAUGUAAACGCAAGAAUGGAGCUGUUUAGGAUAAAAUAUGGGUAAAUAUAUUCCACUUUCAUUUUUAGGUAUACCUGAACUUUUUGACGUAAAAAAACCUAACUUCCUGUUUUAAUAGGGAAGAUCUAACGACUUGGCUGAACAAGCUUCCACCUAAUUGUAAGAGAGCUGCGAAACAUUUGAAGGAGAUCUUUGCGAACCAUACCCAUGUCAGCAAGAUGGGCGUUGCUAUGGUUGACGCUCUUCAACACAUAGAGACCUACAAGAGUAAAGAUCCACUAAGUAAUUGGUGCGAUUUCCACAGUGAAGCUGCAGAUCGGAUAAUUCAGCGGAUACAGGAGUUUGCAACCUUUGUUGUGGGAAUGAUCAGAUGGUCAUUUCUAAUUGAACCGGGACGCCCGAGGACUGAUCUUUCCGUGAGUGGGAUCUUCGUCUUAUUUACUUGUUUUUGGGGAUGUUGUAGGAUUGUUGAUCUGAUAAAAUGACGUCAACUUACCGUAAUUUUCGUUAUUUUCUCUAAAUUGAAAACUCUGAUAUACGAAGUUUUCACACGCGAGAAUCUACAAAAAUUUUCCAAAGUUCGUUUUGACAAUCAAAAUGACAGAAAAAUUUGACUGAAAAACUUAGUUUGUAGUUUUGUUUUCUUUUAUUUACAGGAAUUCUUCGUUGAAUUCGAAGUUGUGGAAGGUUUCUUUGAGAAUUCCGAAUUAUCUCGCAAUGAGAUGUCACAGUCUGCAUUUGAUGCAAAUUACGCAACUAAAGCACGCAAUCGCAGUAAGUUCCAUCUAAAAUUAUUAAAAACAUCAGUUGAAGGGAUUGUUUGCGGAGAUCUGAAUCGAGUGGUCCUGAAGUUAGAUAAAGAAGAUGGUAACGGAAACCGAACGCUUCUCAGGCCAAUCGACGUCUUCGGAGAUUUUGAUUGUCCAAGUGUAAAAUAUCAAGAGGAUGGGUAAGAGGACAGUCAGAUUUCUUUUAAAUUGUUACCUAAUUUUAGGGGUGAAAGUGAUUUCAUUCACGCGAAUUACGUAUUUGGAGGACCGUUGAUUAACAAAUUCAUCUUGACACAAGCUCCCAUGUCCAGUACUACAAUUGAUUUUUGGAGAAUGGUUUGGCAAGAGAAGAGUGAAUAUGUGGUCAUGCUGUGUGGGGCGAUGGACACAGAUAAUAUGACCAUGUUGGGAACUGACAAACCUUCUAAUUAUUGCCCGUAUUAUUGGCCAAAGUAAGUUCAACGAACGUUAUUAGAAGGUUGUAGUAUCAUCUACAAUUACAUAAGUUUAGGUCCGUGCCGUGAGACUACAUGUUCCUGCUUUUAGAGUUCAGGGAAGUAUCCUAACUGUCGGGAGCUUUGUGAUAAGAAAUGAUUCUAUUUGUAUGACAAUGGAUCCACUGUUUUCAGUGACGUCACUAAGUAUGUGGAGAAGUGAUGAUCCGACCGAGGUUCACCGACUUCAGCAUUGGCAAUAUGACUGGAAGGAUUACACGGAUGUUCAAUGGCCUUUGCGGAUUCUGCGAAGGUAUGUGUCGCUUCUUUUAUUUCAAAUUCGACAGGACGCGCACUUCUCCGAAUCCCUCAGUAAUCCAUUGCUUGGAUGGGUGUGGUCGGUCGGGCACUCUUGUUCUCAUCGAAAUUAUGCUGAUGCAAUUGCUCAGAGGCUCAAAUAACUUUGCCAAUCCAAUGUUGACUUCGGCGAUCUUCUUGCGGUUGCAACGGCGGAACGCGGUCGCCAACAACCUUCAAUACUUGUUCGCUUACCGCGUCGUUCUCCAUUGGUGCCAGCCCUAUGUUUUGUCAGCAUACAAUCGGCUAUGCCUCGGGUUUCUCUUCGACAAUUCGGGAUUCUGUGGUAAAUUCGCCGAAUUGGCCGCCGCCUUCUCUCGACAGUCCACCAUUCACAGAAAAAUACGAUAG